UUAUACUUUCCAGGAGCACAAGCUAUCUUCACUGGGGACACCUUGUUUAGCUUGUCAUGUGGUAAACUAUUUGAAGAUGCUUGCUUCUCUACAAAGGAUCGUUUCUUUACCAGAUGACACGAGCAUAUACUGUGGUCAUGAAUAUACACUGAGUAAUUCAAAGUUUGCCUUGUCUAUAGAGCCAAACAACGAAGCACUCCAGUCUUAUGCAGCUCAUGUUGCAGAACUCCGUCAAAAGAAACUACCUACGAUUCCGACAACAGUGAAAAUGGAGAAAGCUUGUAACCCAUUCCUCCGAAGUUCGAAUACAGAUAUUCGUCGGGCGUUAGGCAUUUCAGAGACUGCAGAUGAUGCAGAAGCUUUAGGAGUUAUCCGGAAAGCAAAGGAUAAUUUCAAAGGAUAAAUUACUUUUGAUGUAAACCUUUUACAGUAUUUUGGUACUCACCACAAUUAGUUUUUUUUUUCUUUAGAUUCUUCUCCAAAAUUUAUGAAUACAUAUAAAAAAUAAUUACCUUUUUAUGUUUCUUAUCUGUGACAUUUUAUGCUAAUUAGAAUAUUAGCUCUGCUUUACAACA